AGACUGCUUCCAAACAUCGAUCAAGUUCUCAGUAUGUCUGAAGGAAAUUCACAGAUAAUCUCGAAGCCGAUAAAGCUGAUUGCUGCUGCUUGUAACAAUAUGGGAAUCGGAUGGAAAGGCAACUUACCGUGGAAUUUACCAAAGGAAUUCCAGUAUUUUUUAGACACGAUAACGACAGUAAAACAGCCAGGAAAGAAAAAUCUUAUUAUUUGGGGGCGACGGUCAUUUGAGACAUUCGAUGAAAAACUAUUACCUCUGGCAAACACUAUUAUUGUGAUUCUUACCAGGCAGCUGAGUGAAUUGCCGAAAUAUGCUGAUUACAUUUGCUGUGAUGAAGAAGAAGUUGUGAAUCUUGCUUCAAGUUCAACUCUCUGUAAUGAAAUAGAAACUAUAUGGGUACUAGGAGGAGUGGAGAGUUAUUCAAACAUGAUGAAACACCCUUGGUGUAACCAUAUCUACUUCACACACAUUAUGGCAGAUUUUGAAUGUGAUACCUUCUUUCCAGAGUUUGACAAGAACAUCUUCAAAUUAAAAGAAGAAUAUCCAGGCAUUCCAGCUGGAAUUCAGGAAGAAAAAGGAGUAAAAUACAUAUUUCAAGUCUAUAAAAAAGAUCAACCCCUAAACAGUGAAUGAUUUCUAUACUGAAAUAGCUCACAAAGUAAAAGUCAUCUCACUUCCUAGAAUAUUAAAGUACCAAAAUUGUUUUACCGUCAAGCUCAUUUUUGCAACGCUAAAAAACUAAAAUACAAUCUUUUUGACAUUCAGUCAGUCCAAGAUGUAGUUUUCUAUGGGCGGCAAGCCUACCUCCUGUUUUAGGGAAGACAGUGCAGUGGGGAAGGGCUUCUACUGCAGCCAAGUGCCUUACAGCCAGAGACAGGCAAGGUUAGAGGUUUGUGAGAAAGAAGAGUCAUAGUGUGUCUGUCUUGGCUGCUUGUCUAAGAGGGGUCACAUGGCUUGCCCAACCCUGAGCAAAAGGUUUUAUUACACAGAUCCUCUUUAAUAUUUUUUUUGUAAUUCACAGAAAACAGCACUAAGUUUUUUUUGUUGUUCAAAAUCCACAGAAAAAUCUGGACAGCUUGUGAUUAAAUUUAUGUGAAAGCAAUGGAUUUUCUGUUGUGAAGGGUACAGGCAGAAAU